ACCCUGGGGCGCCUGCCUGGGCCGCCUGUAACGUGAGACGGAGCUGGGCUCUCCGCACGGGCUGAGCUUCGUCCUGGCCGCGCCGCCAACCCAGCGUCCAGCCUCGCUCCGCUUCAGCCAAACGGGUGCCACGGCCCCCCGAGUUGACGCUUGUUCAUAGUCACCCAGCUUGGUCCGGGCAGCGGGGCCCUGUGUUCUCGUUUGCACGAGUCCUGUAGAAAGCAAUCAAAUUACGCAGGUUCCUUAUUUUUGUUUAAAGAUCAAGAGAAGUCAACCUGCUGAGAUUAUGGCACUGAAACAGAUUUCCAGCAACAAAUGCUUUGAGGGUUUCCAGAAGGUGUUUGAACAUGACAGUAUAGAAUUAAAAUGCAAAAUGAGGUUUGGAAUCUAUUUGCCACCAAAAGCAGAAACUGGAAAGUGUCCUGUGCUGUACUGGCUCUCAGGAUUAACUUGCACAGAACAGAACUUUAUUACCAAAUCUGGUUUUCAUCAAGCUGCAGCUGAACAUGGCCUCAUUGUAGUUGCACCAGAUACCAGCCCACGUGGCUGCAAUAUUGAAGGAGAAGAUGAGAGCUGGGAUUUCGGCACAGGUGCUGGUUUUUAUGUAGACGCCACUGAGGAACCAUGGAAAACCAACUAUAGAAUGUACUCGUACAUAAAGGAUGAGCUGCCUAAAUUAAUAAAAGCCAAUUUCCCAGCUGACUUAGAAAGGAUGUCUAUUUCUGGGCACUCAAUGGGAGGUCAUGGAGCUCUUAUCCUUGCUUUGAAGAAUCCUGGAAAAUACAGAUCUGUAUCAGCAUUUGCUCCUAUCUGCAACCCAGUUCAGUGUCCCUGGGGGAAGAAAGCCUUUGGUGGAUAUCUAGGAUCAGAUCUAACUAAAUGGGAGGCAUAUGAUGCUACCCAUCUUGUGAAGUCUUAUCCAGAUUCCCAUCUCGACAUCUUAAUCGAUCAAGGCAAAGAUGACCAGUUCCUUUCAGCAGGGCAGUUACUGCCUGACAACUUUAUUGCAGCCUGCACAGAGCGGAAAAUCCCUGUAGUCUUUAGAUUGCAACAGGGCUACGAUCACAGCUACUUCUUCAUCGCUACGUUUGUUAAUGAUCACAUCAGACACCAUGCAAAAUACCUCAAUGCUUGAAGCGUAAGAGUCUCUUCUGUCCAGUACAAGUCAAUAUAUACACAAAUGUUAACAAAAAUCACUUGAAUUAGUGCCUAUAAAACAGAGUCAUGCUGAUAGUACUGCUAAAAAUCCGUAAUUCUCUGUGUACUUCAAAAUAAAUAUUUUGAAUGUGUUUA